UAUAUGUGAGAAAAUUAAAUAAUUUAAACAAUCCAUUGUCUUUUAACUAUAUAUAUAGUUAAAACAGUACCGUGCUAUAUGCAGGAGGAUGAUGUGGCUCUUUUAAGGAAUUUACACACAAUACCUGUGUGGACACGUCAGGUUUGCUUAUCGGGAAGUAAAAAAACGAGGCACAGUUCAGAUGUCAUAAAAUGUAUUUUUGUUGUUUUAAAUUGAAGAAUGAAAUUGGUGACAUUGUUCAAAUAACAUUGCUGAAGUGUAGCACUUCCAGUAUUUUGUUGUUUUGAACUGCGUAAAAGAACAGAGUAAAAGUGAAAGUAAAUCUCUCAGGAAGCCAUCACUGUGCUGAGAGUCACUGAAGAAAUGGCGGCCAGGUCCUCUGUGCUGGAAGAGGAGCUCACCUGUCCUGUGUGCUACGAAAUCUACAGGGAUCCUGUGGUCCUGAAGUGCAGCCACAGCUUCUGUAAAGUCUGUCUGCAGCAGUACUGGGGAGAGAUUGGCUCUCGGAAAUGUCCAGUUUGCAGGAGAAGGUCUUCAAUGGAUGGUCUUCUCCCUAAUCUGGCCCUGAAGAAUACAUGUGAGGCUUUCUUACAGGACAGAGCUCAGAGAUCUGCAGCAGCUUCUGAUGGUCACUGCCAUCUGCACAAUGAGAAACUCAAGCUCUUCUGUCUGGACGAUCAGACACCUGUGUGCCUUGUCUGUCAGACCUCAGCGAGACAUGAAAACCACAAACUGCGACCCCUAGAGGAAGCUGCAGAGAAGCACAAGGAGGAUCUGAAGUCUGCAAUGAAACCUCUGCAGGAGAAGCUGAGAGCUUUGAAUAAAGUGCAACAAACCUGUAACCAGACAGCAGAACACAUCAAGACUCAAGCCCAGAACACAGAGAGACUGAUAAAGGGGGAGUUUGAGAAACUUCACCAGUUCCUAAAGGAUGAAGAGGCGGCCAGGAUAUCUGCACUGAGGGAGGAAGAAGAGCAGAAGAGUCACAUGAUGAAGGAGAAGAUUGAGAAGAUCACAAACGAGAUAUCAUCCCUCUCAGAAACCAUCAGAGCCUUAGAACAGGAGCUGGGAGCUGAAGACGUCUCGUUCCUACUGAAUUAUCAGGAAACACAGAGAAGAGCCCAGUGCCCAGUGCGGGAUCCAGAGGAGGUCAAAGGAGCCCUGAUUGAUGUGGCCAAACACCUGGGCAACCUGAGCUACAGGGUGUGGGAGAAGAUGCUGGAGAAGAAAGUGGCUAAAUACACUCCUGUGAUUCUGGACCCAAACACAGCAGGUGUCCGUCUGACACUGUCUGAAUAUCUGACUGCUUGUACCUGGAGUAAUAAGAUACAGGAAUAUCCCAAUAACUCAGAGAGGUUUAUAUGGCCCAGUGUGCUGGGAUCUGAGGGAUUCAGCUCAGGGAAACACUGCUGGGAUGUAGAUGUGGGGGAUGGAGUUUCCUGGAGGCUGGGUGCAGUCGAAGAGUCCAUCAACAGGAAAGGUCAUUUCUCUCUCUUCUCAGAAGGGAACGCAUGGAGCAUAGAGCUGCGCAAUGGCAAAUACAGAGCGAUGACCUCACCACCUGCCCUUCUGUCUGUGGAGAGGAAACCCCAGAGGAUCAGAGUGCAGCUGGACUGGGACGGGGGAGAGCUGUCAUUCUCUGAUCCCAGUGAUAACACUCCUCUCUACACUUUCAAGCACACUUUCACUGAGAGGCUGUUUCCAUUCCUUGGUACCUGGGAUUACAGGGUUCCUCUGAAAAUCUGCCCAGUCAAUGUUUCUAUUUGCAUUCUCCUCCAGGAGAAUACCAGAGCAUUCCCAGGCCCGAAACUGAAGCAUUCCCAGCAUGCCCUAGGUCUGCCCCGGGGUUGCCAUUUGGACAUGUCUGAAACAUCUUCCCAGAUUGGAUACGAAACUGUCCAGUUUGUAGGGGAGUCUUCUAUGGAUACUUGUCACAUUGACCUGACUCCGAGAUCGGCGGAAGCUUCUGAAGCUCUCUGCCUUCUGCACGAUGAGAAAUUCAAGCUCUUCUGUCUGGACGAUCAGACACCUGUGUGCGUCGUCUGUCAGACCUCAGAGAAACAUGAAAAUCACAAACUGCGACCCACAGAAGAAGCUGCAGAAAAACACAAGGGGUACCUGAAGUCCGCAUUGAAAUCUCUGCAGGCGAAGCUGACAGAUUUCAAUGAAGUACAACAAACCUGUAUCCAAACAGCAGAACACAUCAAGACUCAAGCCCAGGACACAGAGAGACUGAUAAUGGGGGAGUUUGAGAAACUUCACCAGUUCCUAAAGGAUGAAGAGGCGGCCAGGAUAUCUGCACUGAGGGAGGAAGAGGAGCAGAAGAGUCACAUGAUGAAGGAGAAGAUUGAGAACCUCACAAAAAAGAUAUUAUCCCUCUCAGAAACCAUCAGAGCCUUAGAGCAGGAGCUGGGAGCUGAAGACGUCUCAUUCCUACUGAAAUAUAAGGAAACACAGAGAAGAGCCCAGGGCCCAGUGUGGGAUCCAGAGGAGGUCAAAGGAGCCCUGAUUGAUGUGGCCAAACACCUGGGCAACCUGAGCUACAGGGUGUGGGAGAAGAUGCUGGAGAAAAAAGAGAUUAAAUACACUCAUGUGAUUCUGGACCCAAACACAGCAAAUGUCUGUUUCACACUGUCUGAAGAUCUGACCGCUGUUACCUGGAGUAAUGAGAUACAGGAAUAUCCCAAUAACUCAGAGAGGUUUACAUGGCCCAGUGUGCUGGGAUCUGAGGGAUUCAGCUCAGGGAAACACUGCUGGGAUGUGGAUGUGCAGGAUGGAGUUACCUGGAGGCUGGGUGUGGUCAACGAGUCCAUCAACAGGAAAGGCCUUUCCCCUCUGAUGCCAGAAGGGGGCGUAUGGAGUAUAGAGCUGCGUAAUGGUAAAUACAGAGCAAUGACCUCACCCCCAGUCCCUCUGUCUGUGAGAAGGAAACCCCAGAGGAUCAGAGUGCAGCUGGACUGGGACGGGGGAGAGCUGUCAUUCUCUGAUCCCAGUAAUAACACUUCUCUCUGCAUUUUUAAACAUAUAUUCACUGAGAGGCUGUUUCCAGUCUUCUGUGCCUGGGGUGACUGGCUUAAUCUGAAAAUCUGCCCAGUGGAUGUUUCCAUUAGAGUGGCAGCAGUAAAUCUUUGAGCAUAAAUAUCCUAAUGGCAAAUAUUGUCUGUUCCGUUCAAAAAUCAUAUAUAAUUUCUCUUCAGAAAGCUGAUUCAUGUUUAAUUUUUAAGCCAGAUGUGCACAUAUGUAACAGCAUCACUGCAGUGAAAAAAAUUCAUAAAUCAUUAACAACUGCCUGUAAGUGUUACUGCAGUGUUGGUGCCGUCUGUGUUUAAAAUCGAGUUUAAAGGCCAGCUGGUGUUUGUUACUGUGACAUGCACUGCGAUUGGCCCAUUUUUAACAGCGUGUCAUCAUGGGGCAGAUCACACAGGCUGCCUCACUUCCUGUACAUCAAAUCACUGAAAUGUUUCAAUCUAUUUCUUACGGUAAAAUUUCAAACAGAAAGCUCUAGUGAGAGACAGAUGCUGAACCAGAUGAUUAUAAACCAGAACACAGGCAGUAUAGUACAGUACGAUACAUUCUACAGGGGGAUGGUUCUAAACCCAAAGACAGGCAGUAUAGUACAGUACGAUACAUUCUACAGGGGAAUGGUUCUGAACCAGAACACAGGCAGUAUAGUACAGUAUGGUACAUUCUACAGGGGGACGGUUCUGAACCAAAACACAGGCAGUAUAGUACAGUACGAUACAUUCUACAGGAGGAUGGUUCUGAACCAAAACACAGGCAGUAUAGUACAGUACGAUACAUUCUACAGGAGGAUGGUUCUGAACCAAAACACAGGCAGUAUAGUACAGUACGAAAGAUUCUACAGGAGGAUGGUUCUGAACCAAAACACAGGCAGUAUAGUACAGUACGGUACAUUCUACAGGGGGAUGGUUCUGAACCAAAACACAGGCAGUAUAGUACAGUAUGGUACAUUCUACAGGGGGAUGGUUCUGAACCAGACCCUUUUACGGAAGGUCUGGAUGAUUCCUGGGUGUGUACAAGACGUGUUUAACAGGAAGUAGGAAAUGAAUCACAGUCAAAUUACUAUUUAAACUAGAAAAGAUGCUGACAACGACAAUACAUUCUGCAGACAGCUCUGUCACCCGCCCCCCCCCCCCCCCCCCCCCCAUCAAAUGCGAAAGCCAAUAAACCUCAUUUUACCCAAAUGCUCCGAGUCCUACUUGUGACACAUAACUCUGGCAUUACAACUUUUCAUUUAUUGCACAUUCCACUUACAUGCCAAUUUGCACAAUCUUUCCUCACUAAUUAGGUGUCCUUCUGUAUGCAUUUCUUAAUUCAAUGUCUAAAAAUG